AUGUCAGUACCUAACAAUCUCAUUGCCUUUGGUCCCGACGCGAACUGCACUCUAGACCUUUGCCCCAUCGAGGCCACCGUUUACCACUAUCGUCCAUCUCUACCCGCCAACGCCGUUUUCAUUGCGCUGUUUGCCAUAUGCAUGUCGGUACACUUGUUCCAGGGCUGUUAUUACCGCACCUGGACUUACAGCAUCAACAAUGCCGUUGGUUGCAUAACAGAAAUCAUUGGCUACUCAGGGCGGAUCAUCAUGUACAUGAAUCCUUUCAGCUUCACCGGGUUUAUGAUGCAGAUCUGUUGCAUUACAUUUGCACCCGUCUUCUUCUGCGCGGCCAUAUACAUUACAUUGACAAAGAUCGUCAACCAUUUGGGUCCUAAAUACAGUCGUCUCCCGCCAAAGGCGUACUAUUGGAUCUUCCUCCCCUGCGACAUAGUGUCUCUUGCUCUUCAAGGGGCCGGUGGAGGCCUAUCGACUGACAGUUCUGGGUCCAGCCAGAUUGGUGUCAACGUCGCUCUUGCUGGAUUAUCGUUCCAAGUUGUCACUUUGACAUGCUUCAGUGGCCUCUGCAUUGACUACGCUAUCCGUUACUAUCGAUCAAAGGAUGUGGCAAAAACACCGGUCACACGACCAUUCAAAGUAUUUGCCAUCUUUCUUGCGAUAGCCAUUCUUUUGAUCCUAGCCCGGUGUAUAUUCCGUGUCGAUGAGCUGAGCGAGGGCUACAGUGGACAUCUCAUCCGAAAUGAGGGUCUUUUCAUCGGGAUGGAAGGUGUUUUGAUUAUCCUUGCGGCUUUUGCCCUCAAUGGCUCACAGCCUGGACCAGCAUUUGGUGCUCAAGGCAUGUUAACCCAAGCUGACAACGCCGACGUGGAGAAGUUGGCCACCAAUGACAACUCGGAACACAUCAAAGUCGGAGACGGACAGCCAGGCAGGUGA